CACACUCGGCCACUGUGACGCAGGGCUGCAUCUCUCCAGGGUGACAGUGACAGGUCUGCAGCAGAGGACAUCAUAGGCUAGCAUGGAGGAGUUGCUGGCAGCAGAGCUGGACCAGGCAGGCUGUGUGUCUAUAUCAGCUUCCCAAAGCAGGGGUGCAGAUGCAGGGGCAAGCCACCAGCAAGAAGCAGAACAGCAGGAGCAAGCAGAGCUGUCUGUGCUCAUUGAGUGCUACCAAAGCUCUUUGUGGCUGUGGGGGCAAAAGAAGCAUGGCCCUGUUUUGAAGGAGGUCAUCGUGUCCUUCAGGAGGAGGCCUUUAGAGGAACCAAACAGGACCUUCCAAGUCCACAGCUUGUCACAGCAGCCCAGUGGCCUGCAGGACAGAGAACAACAGAACCAAGGACAGGGUUCCUUGCUGAGGCCAGGCCCCAAGGCUUUUGGUGACACAUGUGGGCAGGACAACAAGGGCUCCCCCUCUGGUCCCACGGAGGGUCCCAGCUGCCCCACAGAUGAGGGAACAAGAACAAGUGGCAGACUGGAAGGAUCUCAGGACAAGGAAUUUCCCUUGAAUGAAGACCAUGGAGGAGAAGGUAGCACAGCCAUUGUCACCCCAGCAGCUCAUGAAGAGCCCUCUUGGGUUGGGGAUCAGGCAGCAGCUGGCCCAGAUCCAGACCAGGCCCACAUCAUCCCUUUCUCUGCCUUCCUGGAGGCCCUGGCUGAAGGGAGCCAGAUGUGCCGCAGGAAGGUUCUGAGCAUUCUAGAAAAGGUCUUAAUUGCUGCACAAGACAAAGGAGAGCAAAAGAAGCAGCACCCAACAGGUGGCAAAGACGUUUUGACAAAUCCAGCCCAGUCCAUCAGGGCUGAGCACCUGGGCAGAGUGCAGCCUGUGAAACAGGGUCCUGGCCAGCAGCUGGUAGAACCAAAGCCAGACCUGGAACUGAACAUGAAGGAAGCAGCAGAAACAGGAACACCUGCAGAACCUGCCUUCAGAUCUCCUUCGCCCACAGUCAUUGAUGUCCUGGCUCAAGAGAGACGGACGUCCAUCUUCAAGAGUGCCCCAAGGGCUCUGCCCAGGGCCUCCACUGCAAUGCACAGCAGAGGAAAGCAGGAACAGCAGCAGCCCACACCUUGUGCACAGGAACUGAUGGACACAGCCCAAUAUAUCAGCAGUGAGGUCCUGAGCAAGUCUAGAACUGUGAUCCAGGGACUCAAGCAGAAGGAAGAGCAAGACUACUGGGAACACAGCACAGAUGCAACACUGGCAGUAAGAGCCAGAGCAGCAGGGGCAGUGAGCCCUGCACAUGCCCCGCACAAUCCCACAGCUGAUGUCCUGGCUCUCCUGGACACAGCCCCGUACACAACAGAUGAGAUCCUAAGCAGAGCUAUGAUUGUGAUCCACAAAUCUGAGGAGUACACGGAAGAACAGAGGGACUGGGAACAAGGCACUGGUGAGGGAAUGACGGCAAUAGCCCCAGAAGGAUGGGCAGAGAGCCCAGGACAUACCAUUCACAGUCACACAGCUGAUGCUCCAGUAUUCCUGGACCACAAUGACUACCUUCGGACAGAGGUGGUUAAGAAGGCCGUGCUUAUGGUCCAGAAACCAUCUGAAUACUCAGAGGAGGAGCAGGACCGGGAACUAAUUGCAGACAGAUUAAAAAUGGUACAAAGACCCUCAGGUCAUGUCCAAAGCAUUCCAGCACCUGCAGUCAUCAACACCCAGGCUCGACAGAGGUGGCUGAGGCUUGUCCACAAAGCAAUGAGAGCUCUGCCCUUAGCCUCCACAGCCACCUCUGCCACAGGGAAGGAGAAGAAGCAGCUAACAGCUGAUGGCAUGGAUCUGCUGGACACAGCAGAGUGUAUCAGGAGAGAUGUCCCAGACAAGGCUACACUUGAAAUCCAGAGACCUGGCCAACAAAUUGUGGAACAGCAGGACAUGAAACCCAGAAGGGAUGUGUCACCAACAGUAACAGCUACUGCAGCAGGGAAAAAGAGCCACGUACAUGAGACAUGUAGUCCCACAGCUGAUGGGCUGGUCUUCUUGAAUGCAGCUGACUGCAUACAUACUGAAGUUGUUAAGAAGGCCUUGCGUGUGACCCAGAGACACUUGGAAGAGACGGAAGAACCAUGGGAGCAGGAACAAGGUGUAGAUGAAGAGAUGGGAGCAAAAGCCAGAACAGUAGAGGCAGGGGGGCAGACACAUUUCCCGCACAGCCCCAGAGCUGAUGACCAGGUUCUCCUGGACACAGCCCAGCACAUCCCAGCCCCAGGAGAAGGGACAGAGAGCCCAGGACAUACCUUGCACAGUUGCCCAGCUGGUCCUCCAGUAUUCCUGGACUAUAACGACUAUCUCCGGACAGAGGCGGUUAAGAAGGCCGUGCUUAUGGUCCAGAAACCAUUCGAAUACCCAGAGGAGGAGCAGGACCAGGAACUAACUGCAGAGAGAUCAAAAACAGCAAAAAACCUUUGGAACGUGCCUAAAGCAUUCCAGUACCUACAGUCAUCAACACCUGGGCUCGACACAGAUGGCUGAGUUUCAGGAUAAAUAACGAAGGAUGGGACUAUGGAUGUUAUUAAGAUGAUCUAUUGCUCAAAUAAAUCACAUGAGGCAUCAGUCUCAUGGUGUGAGAUUUUA